UCUCUUUCUCUAAAGCUUUGUUUUCAAGCUUUUCAGCGCUGAUUAAUUACCCAUAAGGGCACAGAAGCUGUCAGAGUAUAUGUCCCUUCUUCUUGGAAGAUCAGCUCUUUCUGAGUCUUUGAUUGUAAGAAUGGAUUCUGUAAAGGGGAAAGGGAAGAAAACUGUGAUGCUCAAGGCAUGGGAGAGAUGGCAAUCCAUAUGUCCCAGAGCCAAGAAAUCAAUACUGAUCAUCCCAGUUAGCCCUUCAAAAACAUCAGAAGUUGGUAAGCCUAAAAAAAAGUCCCCAAUGCCUCCCAAAGGCUACUUCCCAGUCUAUGUCGGAGACCAGAAACAACGGUUCGUGAUCAAGACCCAGCUCGCCAACCACCCACUAUUCAAGAUGCUGCUAGAGGAAGCUGAAUUGGAAUAUGGGUACAGUAAUGGAGGCCCUGUGUUGCUUCCAUGCGAUGUUGAUACCUUCUACGAAGUGUUGGCAGAAAUGGAGAGUGGUGGGGCUCAAGAGAGUAGUCCCCGUGGCGGCACGUUUAGCUUUCUGAGCCCAUCUCCUCGUCCGGGCUGCGGCGAAAUGGCCGAGGGUUAUGGCCACUACAGCUUGCUCAGUCCAUCUGGGAUGGUUAGGUGAAUUGAGCAUCGACUGAUUCCACAAGAUCUGAUGAGCUUUCCUCAGUAACCCCACAUGCCAUUGCUUCGAUGCCAUGCAGCGCCUUCAUACUCCCUAUGGAAAAGUCAGUUGAGUCGAAAAGGUGAAAGCACGCAGGGACGAAGCUGGUGGGGAUUUGCCGGCCGGUUGUGCUUUUCCCAAGGCUUAUGGUUUCUAUAGCCUUCUUGUUUGUGAAUAUCGAUCUUUUGCGAUUAUGUGAGGAGUGUUGGCCUGCAACCUUUGUACUAUGAAAGUUGUAGACAUUCCCAUGAAAGAAAAACUCUCCUUUCAAAAUCCUCCCACCAUUAAAACUAAUUAAUUCAAAGCUGAGACAAAAAGAGAG